CUUGUUUCAGCAGCCCAUCCUCCUUGCCCAAAAUACCAUCGGAAACCCACUGCAGAACAGGAGAAAAUGUUGGGAGCCAUGCAACAGGACCAGAAUUUGCAGCAUGACAGGUAUAUGUGGGCUCAAUAUAACGCUAGCCCGGAGCAUUGGGUCCCGAUUGCGACCAUAGCAUCGUUUCCGCGCAUGCUUCAGUACGAGCAACAUGGCCUGAGCUGGAUCGCGGACGCUCUUCGCCAAAGCAAGCAAUUGGAGGUGGAUGCAAACGGCACACACGUCCGCCGAAUUAAAGAGGCUCGGCGAGAUGAUAAGCUCGAUCGUAGCAUCUAUGCUAAAGGGUUUGGCACAGAGGUGAAAGGCAUGCUUGAAGAAUUACGGGCAUUCUUCAAUGCGUACGGCAAGGUCAACAAGGUUCAGAUGAGGAGAAGAGCAGGAAGCUUCAAGGGCUCCGUGUUUGUUGAAUUCGCUGACAUUCGUUCGGUGGAGACCUUUCUCAACGCCGACCCUAAGCCAUCAUGGAACGGGCAUGAACUGCUUAUCAUGACCAAGGAUGCGUACUGCAACAUGAAAGUUCAACAGCUUGGCAUCAAAGGCAGUGCAGGCACCAUCGUCAGGACCGCAAAUUCGGGCACUUCGAUGACGCAAGACAUAAAUCAGAGCGAUGCUGCUGCCGCGGCGGACGCAAAGGUCAACAUGGAACAGGGGGAAUCCUGAUGGAUCUGACUGCAUCUGCGACUCUAGGUCUGAAAAUCAUGGCGUGAGCGGCGAGAAGCGGAAGAGUGCAGCGGACCCGGUGUCUGAGUUCGGUGACGAUGAAUCUGACGAGGACGACAUAGCACUGCAUACCACGAAGAAGGCGAAGACUACGAACAGCGAAAAGUAGAAGCAUGCAUCAGAGCCCGAAGACAUCCUCCGCGAUGACAAACCUGACGAAGAUGCUAUGACGUUAUAUAGCGCCGACGUAGGGGUUGUGUGUUUGUUGGUGGACAUACUAUACAUCCUAGUGAAUGCUGAAGGAACGACCGAUAGUUGGUAAUGUUGUCAGUACCGAUACUAAUAUAUAGUCCGACAUGACGGUGGUUUUAUG